AGUGUCAGGAUUACCUUCUAUGCACCUAGCACGUGACUUUGAGCCAAUGUCUCAGUUCUCUGAACCUCGGUUUUCUCAUCCAUAAAAUCAUGACAACACCAUCUUCUGAGGUUGUCAGGAUCAGGAGAGAGAACACAGUGGAAGGGGCCUGUGAACUAUCCACUGUGCUGUCCACGUUCUAUGCUGUCCACGUUCAUUUCUUGUUUCUCACCUCUUCCUCUGCGGGAGCUGGGCCUGCUUGUUCUGGUUGAGGCCUGUCAGAACAGGACCUUGGGGCACCCCAAUAGCAGCUCUGUCUGAGGGAGCGAGCGCAGCUGGUGGGACAAAGGAGGCUGACUCCAUAGCUAUCUCUUCUGGGCUUUCUACCCCUCAGGGACCCUCUUCCCCUGGGUUACUCCUGGGGGGUGAGAGGGUUACCUUUCCCCAGUGUUCUUUUUUAUUCAAAAAGAAUAGAAUAGAAUUCACCACAUGGGCUGGAGGGAGGUCUGCACUAUAGGCAAGGGGUACAGACAGAGGGCGUGGAAACUGGUCUGCGGGCUCACUUGCUUGGCCGUUGCCCUUUCCCGAGACACUCGUCCUCAGCAGCUUUGUCUUUACCUCCUGGUCUCUGCCAUCUGCUUCCUGUCUCUCUCACUACGGUCAGUGACACAGUGCUGGGAGGGUGCGGUUCGGGGAUGAAGUCCGGUGAACAGGAACUGCCUGGUCCCUGGGAGCCUCUUUUGGGACUCUUUGACCUUGGGAACCCUUUACCCCUCUCCCCUGAGCCCCAGAUCCGUGCACCAGUUUCUUCCUGACCAACGACCAGAGCUGUCUCCAGAUGAAUGAAUUUUCCUGGAAGGAUGUCACCAACGCCUUGUCCCUGGCCAACCUGAUCCUGGGGCUCUUCUCCAUCUUCUGCAGCUUCUGCAAGAGAUGUCACUGUGCCUCCUGGAUGCUUCUGAUCAGCUUCCUGUUAGACAUGGCAGUCGGGGCGAUAACCAGACACCUCAGCCUCUGCUCCAAGUCAGGAGUGGAGCUGAAUGACUUGGCGGUCUACACCACCUUCGGCCUGGCCUCAGCCAUGCUCCUCGGCGUGGACGGGCCUCUGAGCGGGUUCCUGGGCAUCAUCUAUGUAUUAGCUGCUACCUUCCGCCUGUGUUUCUAUUCAACUGCAGGCGCUCAGCUCACCUACAAGGGUCUCCCCUGCCGCUACGCUUCCUGUGUCUUGGCCUCCACCUCCCUUCUGACCAAAGGCAACACGUUCAUUCUCUCUUGCAUGGCCUCACUUAUGAUUCUAUUCAUGAUGGACCAGAGCUACUAUCCACAUGAUGAAAUCCUGGAGUCGGAGAACUGGAAAAAAAUGGUGUAUCUGGGAGGUAUCAUCAUGCUGCUUUUGUCUCCGUUCUCCCUAACUGCCUUUUACUGCCUGCUGUGGUCGCUCUCCUACAUCUUCUUUCCAGACGCUCUGUGGGGCAAAGCAGCAUGUCUCAGGCUACAGUGCCGAGAAAACUGAACAGCUUUACCCACUGCCGCUGGCCUCUGUGGUCUUUGUGCCGGCACAUCGGGCCAAGCCUUGCCGUAGCCUCACUAAACCUUUUCCUGUCUCCACGUCUCCUGUGUGCUGGAUAACAUGUGGCCUUGAACCAGAGCAAACCAACAUCAGGCCAGCGGCCUUCACUUUCUCCUCUUGCUCAGGGUUCUGAAUCCCUUGGGGACAACAGUGGUUUAAUGUCCUAAAGAACAGGUUUUCCAAGGACUUCCAGCCCUGUUACCAGAUGGGGGUCCUGGUGCACUCAGGUCAGUCCCUUGGAAAGGAGGGAAAGCCUUUGGAAUUGGUCUCCACCUUGGUCUGGUUGUUAAGGCUCCAGGGGCAGGACAGGGCUUACUAAAGUGGUUCUUAAACUUGCCGGCUCUGGCUCCCUAGAGCUCGUCACGGGACAAUGGCGUUGCCCAGUGUCAGUGUGCAUAGGCUUUUGUGACUUAAAAUUCUGUUUGAGCAGACACAACUUUUGCCUUUUGCAUCAGUGAAGAGAUUAGACACCCUGGCAGCUUGAGGGCACCACCUGGCUUCCUUCCUUCUGGUUUUUUUCCUAAAUUGUAAAACAUUAAACUCUUGAUGUUCAAAUGCCACUUUGUCUUCUAAAAUCCAAAUUGAAUAAAAAUAAAGAGUAUUGUAUGGAAA